AUGAGUUUGUCAAUCAAUUCCAAAAUUUUUUAAAUCUAAAAUUAGGAAUAGAUAAACUAGCUUGUAAACUUUCUCAAGCUUAAUGGUGAAUUUACAAAGGGAGAAUUUCAUUUUGUAGAUUAGGAGCAAGGCAAAAAAUUUUCUUCAUUCAGAUCAGCCUUUUAGACAAUAUAAGAAAGCUUCCCAGAUUUCAAACUUAAAUUCACAAAUCUCAUAGGCAAUGUAUAAUCCACUACAGAUGCCAAUUUAAAGAUGAAAUGUGAAGAUACAAGGCAAACUAAUUAAACAAAAACAAAUGAUCAAACUAUUAGUAUAGAUUAAUGUAGGACUUUCGUAUCUCAAUAGCCUCAAAUGGCUGUGUAAUAGUAAGUCGAACAAAAAAAUUAACAUGCGGAAUAUAAUUAGGAUGAUAGUUUAAGGGACCAGGAAAGUAGGGUGUCUUCUGAAGAAAUGGGGGAUGACAACAUUGAAGAUGACAAUCCAUAAUAACUCGUUUCUGAAUUAAAUGAAGAUAAUGAUGAAUCAGAAUUAAAAAGUGAAGUUAUUCAUGAAUUAGAAUAUCAGGAAAGCAAAAAAUUAUAAUGUAAUAGUGAAUUGGCUUCACGAGAAGGAAAUGAUGCAGAAAUCAAAAUUCUCGGAUUGUAAAAUCCUUAAAUAAUUAAACUCUAAAAUAAUUUUAUAUUACAAAUAAUAGAAAAAUUUUUUUUAUAAGAAUGGACUUAAUUGAUUAAAUAAUUAAAUUUGGAGUAAAAAUAAAUGAAUCUUUACAAACUUUAGUUAAAUCUAGAUCUUGAUCAAAUUUAAAACGGCCUAGAAGAGUUUAUUAAUAAAAUUUCUUAUGUCGAGAUUGAAUUUUGCUAUUACACCAAUUAUACGAUGAUAGCCUAAUCAAAAAUAAAUGAAUAUUUAAGACGUUUCGAAAUAUUUCCAAUUAAAAUAGCUGAUAAUUUCUAUUUAGUUUCGAAAAUCUAAACUCUAUCUUAUCUUUAAGAAAUAAGUCAAAUGAUAAAUAAAAAUUAUAGGGGAAUUUAUUUACAUUUUUCAUCAUUAAAACCAUAUAAGUAAGAAAGUUUAUAAAUUAAAGAUCUGACAUAAUGUAGAUCACUGUAUUAUGAAAAGUUUUUGUCAGAACGGUUUAAAGAAUAUUGUAUGAAUCAAUAUUUUGAUGAUUAAUGCUUUUUUUUAGAGAUAAAUUUUAGUCAGAUUAAGUAAAAUAGAGAUUUAUUUGAAAAAUAAAUUAAAAAAUAUAUUCAAUGCUAUAUAAAAAGUCCUUUUUUAAUAAAAUUUACACCUUAAUGCAAUAUGGCUGAUGAAAGGUAGAUAGAUGCAUGGUUUAGUGAGGAAGUAUAAGAUCGAUAAUCAAAUUUUGUCUAUCUAAGAAAGGGAAGUUCAUUCCUCUUGUUUGGAAACACAGUUGACCUUAUAAGGGUGUUUCAAAAAAUUAUUGGGAAAGGAUAAACAUAAUAAACUUAAAUCACUUAAACAACUAUAGUUAUUGAUAAGCAAAACCUUUUUUAGCCAACAUUUGAUGCUCAAAAAAUCUUUGACUUAGACGCCUUUGUUAACAUCUUGGAUCAAAGUGGAUAUAAAAAAAUUUAAAGUUCACCUCAAGAUUUGAUCCUAUAGAAUUAAACAAACAAUAGCUUUAAUUAUCUAUUGAAAGUCCUGGUAGCGAUAUGUAAUUUUCGAUUGCAGAACCAAGACGAAAAGAAACUCCUAGCUAUUUAUACAAAAUUUGAUUAAAAUCCAUAAAAAAGUCAACUUUGUAAGUUAGAUAAUGAAUUAUUUUUUCUUUCUCAAGUUGGUUGUUAAAAUGGAAGGACUGAUAAUUUUUAAGUGACGAUUAAUAUAUCUCUCAACAACACAGGUGUUUUUUCCCAUUCCAAAAUCAUAGAAUUGAAACCUAAAUAUUUGGAUAGCGUAAUUUAUGAAUACUUUUACUAAGAAUUUUAGGAAAAACUAGUUCAAAAAAAUUCUUCAAUUCAAUUUGUUAAAAUAGAAGAAGGUAUAUAUAAACUUUAAUGUUAAAACAUUUAACUGAUAAAAUAAUUUGAGGAUUAUUUCUCCAAAUUUGUAACAUUAAAAGUAACAUUAAAUGAAGAAUUACUAAGAGUUUUCGAAUUUAGUAGUUAUAAAAAAUAAGAAUUCUCUAAAAAAGGUGUUUAUUACAAAGUGGAAUCUGAUGGAUUGAUUUUUAUUUCAAGAAGCAUGGAUGCUAUUAAAAUUGUUAAGCACAGCUUAUAAAAUUAUAGAGGAUUUAUUAUAACGAUGCAUAGUUUAAAGUCUUAAAAUUAAGAAGAAAAACCUGAAAAUUAUUAAUUAGUUUCAGCCAGAAUAGGCUAUACAAAAUACAUUCUGGGAGACUUUAUAAAAAAAAUGAAUCAUCAAUAACAAAAUAUACGGAUUGAGGAGAUAGAAGUUAAGGAAGAAUAAGAAGUAAGUGCAUUUUGUAUUUUCCAUUUAAAUUUUGACAUUUAGAGAAACAAUUUUAAUUCAUAGAAAAUGGAAUUAGCAACAAUUCAAUUAUAAGAGGAUAUAAUUUUAAUGAUGUAAAAUCUAUACUUUUUUGAAAUUAAGGCUGAUCAAGAAACUGGCAAAGCUUUAUUUUCAAAUAUUAUUAAAAAUCCAUAAAUUUAUGUCACAUUCAAAUAAUAAUACAGUGAUUAUUAUAUUACUAUGUUGGGAAAUUAAAAAAUAUUCAAAGAUUUAUCUGAAAAUUUAAUCAAAUUUAAUGAGAACCAAAAACAAAUUGUACAAUUUAGUAUUUAUAUUGAUUAAUUUUGUAAUUUUCAAAAUAUAAUACAAUUUGCAGAAAGCAAAAAAAAAUUAAAAUAAGAUUUCGAAAAAAAAGGCUUUGAAGUUGAUGAUUAAAAAACUAAAUGGAUAAUUCAAUCAAAAAGACCUUCUUAAGCACUUUUAAUAUUAUCCAUUUUAGUCCCAAAAAUGGCUGAAGAAGAUGAAUCACGAUAUUUGUAAUAUUCGAAUGAAUAGAAUGAAUAGUUUUCAAAUAUUUCCAUGAUUAAAAAUGAGAAUUCAUCCUUUUAAAGCAAAUCAUUCUUUUUAUAAUAUUAGGACAUUUUUGAAGAUUGGUAACAAAAACUUACUUCUAACAGUAUAUAUCAGAAUGAUUAACUAAAAGUUAAUAGAAAUGAAAAUAAUAAAUCUGAAUUAUAAUAACAAUCAUAGCAAUAAUAGUAGUAAUAAUAAUAACAAUAACAGCAAUAAUAACAAUAAUAUUAAUAACAAUAACAGCAAUAAUAACAAUAAUAAUAAUACUAAUAACAACAACAACAAUAAUAAUAAUAAUAAAAUUAAUAAUAAUAAUAAACAAUUUUAUCUUUUUAACAUGAAGAUUUUAGCCAGUAAAAUCUAAUACUACAACAAUCAUAAUAAACAAAUCAAUUCCAAUUCGAAGAUUUACCAAGAAGCAAAAGUCCAUUUGAUAAUUAAGAUAGUCAUGCAAAUCUUAGUAAAUCAUAAAUAAGUAAUAGUUAAUCAAGUGAAAUAAUAAAGAAUUCUUUUUAAUUUUCAAAUAUUAGGAAUUUUCCUUUUGAAAAAUAAUGUUUAUUGGUAGAAUUUUAAAAAAAUUAAAGAUAAAUUGUACCUCCGAUUGAUGAAAAAUUGAUUCAACAUUUGACACAAAAUUUUAAAAAUGAAAAAUUUGAAUAUUUUGAAGCAAAUGUAGAUUAAGAUUAUGUUAAUUAUUUUAAUAAUCUUGCAUAACAAACAAUUAAUUUGUAUAUCAUAUAAAGACCAGAUAAAGAAUAUCAUAAUGAAUUUUCAAAAAAACUUUUGUAUUAUUUAAACUAUGAAGCAUUACUUGAAAAGUUUAUGAGUCAUAAUUCACUGAUUAUCAUUUGCUGUAAAGCAAAUAAAGCAGCACGUUAUUAAAUUCCACAUAAGGAUAAAAGUUAUUAAAUUUGUUUAAAAGAUUCAAAUUAAGUGUUACCUUUUUUAUGGAUCAGAAGAAAAACUAAUGGAAAUUGA